CGUCAUUUAGGGUCGCUAAGAUGGCUUCAGCGGCUUGGCUGCAUGGCCCCAACAUAACACGGAUAACAGAGGGUCUGGUGUCUGUUCUGAAAGAGGAGAGAUCUGAAUACCUGCCCGCUCUUCUAGCAAACUACCGUGAGCAUGGAGUGGUCAGUACUCAGAGCACGGGAGCUGUGGGUGGUCUGGUGGGCAUCAGUAAUGCACGACUUGGGUCAAGUAAGACCAGGUUUGAGGGUCUUUGUCUGCUGUCUGUGCUGGUAAAGGACAGUUCAAGUGAAGUGUUUCAGCAGCAUUGCCUCUCAUGGCUGCGAUCGCUGCAGCAGGUCAUCCAGUCACAGGCCCCUCUACCCACAGUGCAGCUUGCUGUGAGUGUGCUGCAGGACUUGUUGCAGUACUCAUCCCAGCUGCCAGAGCUGGCCAGGGAGGUGGGCCUUAACUCCAUCCUGGGCAUUCUGACCUCCCUGCUCAGUCUCAAAUCUGAGUGCCACCUAGCUGCAAUGAAAGGAAUGAUGGCGUGUAUGAUCUACUACCCACGGGCCUGUGGCUCUCUGAGGGAAAAGCUUGGUGCGUAUUUUCUGUCCAGGAUGGACUCAGAUAAUCCCAAAAUACAAGAGAUGGCUUGUGAGUGUUAUGCCCGGUUGCCUUGCCUGGGUGGUGUGUUGGAACGAGGGGGAGGUGGGCACAGGGCUGAAGGAUGGACCAAUCAGCUACACUGCCUUUUAGCAUCUGCCGAUAGCAUCCUUGGACAGUUAUACCAGGGAUCAGAACCAGAAGGGACGGUGCAGUAUGAGGGUCCUGGUGUGGAACUGCCUUUCCUUCCCUUGGAUGAAGUAGAUCCACUAUUGAUUCUUCAGCUUCAUCAUCGUUAUAAAGCCAUUUGUCUGGCUCUUAAACACACUCUUAGUGUUGAUCCAGCUUCUUCAGUCCGUCUACCUGUUCAAAACGUCCUCAAUUUGGUGUGUCGAGCCCUGGCAGUCAACACUAAGAGUAUUAGUGCAACAGGAGAGGGCAGUCUGAAGCUGUUGGUUUUACCCUCCAUUCACAGCGACACUCUUGAGCUGCUCUCUUCUCUCAUCAAGGCUGUUGGUGGUGGACUGGUGCAGUAUAGCAGUGUGCUCACUAGACUUUUUUCACAGUCUCUGUCUGCAUGGACACCUCUGCCGGAAGCUAGCCUAGGCCAGCAGAGAGCAUACAGCGCAGUGCGUGUGGCUGUAUACCGUAUUUUAGAACUCUGGGUAAGAGUAAGUGGUGCCUCUUUGCUUCAAGGAAGCCCCUCUCACACAGUUUUACUAUUCACUCAUCUGAUGGGUGACAUCACACCAGGAUCAGAAGCAGUUAAGCUUCGUUCAGGACAACAGUUAGCCAUGAAUGACCUGGUUGUUUCUGGUGGUAAGCCCGGACCUCGUCGAACGAAAGGUUUGGGAAUGGGUGACGGAGUCUUGCUGCAGAGGAAAGGAGACGUGCUAGCCAAUCAAGACACAUGUGUUGCUGCUCUUCGAGCACUUAGACAAAUUAUUCUGACAAGUGGAACUUUGUUGAAGGAAGAUCUGCAUAAGAGGUUACAAGACCUGGUGGUGCCUCUGUGUGUGAAGCUACAGCAGCAGGCACACUGUGCCUUGGAGGUUGGUGCUGUUAGUGGGCAGUAUGGCAGCCCUACCCCACGACGAGAGCUCUACCGCCUCUUACUGGCACUUGUGCUGGUGCCCUCUCCCCGCUGGCCUCCUCCCCUCUCCUGCGCUGUGUCUGCCUUCAGCCAUGGUCGGAGAGAUCACAUCAUGGUUUCGUCAUUUUGUGCCGAGGCCCUCACAAUAUGCAACACCCUUAUUCACCCUCGCACACCCUCAAUCUCCCUCCCUCUCAGUCCUCUAACUCUCAAAUCCACCCCAUCUGCCCCUGUCCUUUCUUCUGGCCAGAACCCCUCACUAUCCAUCCCUACCCUUCUUGGGGGCCCCUCAACAGGUCCACCCUUCUCUGCCAGGCAUCCCGUGGGUUUAGGCGCUGCUACCCUCCUUGGCUCUCUGGAGAACCAUCUUCCUUUGGCUCCAGUUCUUUCAACUGCAGCAGGUGCUACUGCCACCCCAGGUGAAUUGUUGCUAUCUCCAGUCCAACCAGGUGAGCUGUCGGGACUGGGAGCCCCAGAAAGCCAAUGCCAAGUUUUUGUCCGCUUUGACAAGGAGGAGCCGGAGGAUGUGGAGAUCUCCUUGGAGAGUGAUUCAGAUGAUAGUGUGGUCAUAAUGCCACCAGGUAUGAUGAUGGAGAUACAAGAUGGUGCUGCUAAUGCACAAACAUUACCAGUACCACCACCAGGAGGCACCCUGCCACCCAUAGCCCCAGUAGUGGGUGAGGUUGGAUCAGUUGAAACAUCACUAACCAACGAGCUGCCCACAUCCAUUCCCCACCAGAUUCAUCCAACUAACGCCAGUAAUAUUAAUUCUUUUCCUGGACCAAGCCAGACAGCCCAGCUUGUCUCACUGGUGCCUUCUCUGAACUCUACUACAGCUCCACUCUCAGCAUCACCUGGUGGUCUUGCAGAUUCGCUGACAGGUGAUCCUCAGCUUCAGCAGAUGCUGAUGCAGACUUCUCCAGGUGGCCAGCCACCUACACUGGGCUUAUCUCUACAGAUGCAGCUUCAAAACCAGCUAGUCCAAACUAGCCGUCAUCUCCAACAGCAGCCUACAGGAAAUGAGAUGGACCAAAACGUAAUUAACAUCAACAGUUCAGACGAUGAAGAGGAGGAAGAAGAAGCGAUGGAAGAUGAGGAUGAAUUAGGAGAGGAGGAGGAGGAGGAAGAAGGCCUAGAGGAUGAAGAGGAGGAGGGGGAAGGCAGCGACUUCCCGGAAGAUGAGGAGUACUACGAGGGGGAAGAGUUUGAUGAAUACGAUGAAGAAGAGGAAGAGGAGGACGACGAAGAGGAAAGUGAGGAGAUCCAGCCUUUAGAGGUACACAACAACAGAAGAGGAACGAUGGGCAAGGAGGAAGCUGAGGUGAUGAUCGAGGCCGAGGAGCAGCAAGGAUUGGGAAUGUUCUGCAUGGAGAGAGAGGGAGAGGUAGGAGAAGGGAUCGAGGAAAUGGAGGGUGUGAGGAGCGUCUACGCUGAUGAUGGGAUUAAGGGGAAAGGGACAGUGGAGGAAAUUGAGAACAUUGGAGCAGUCGAGAGAAGUGAAGCUGAGGUUGACAAGCGGCCAAUAGAAACUCUUCUAAUCAGUGGAGAUGCAGAGGAGCAUGAAGAGGACACCACAGUGGAGGCAGUUGAAUCAGAAUUGAGAACAUGGGAGCAGGAAGUGCCAGGACCAGAAGUCCUCACUGCCACAGAAGAUGCUGGACCAUCUCAGCAGUCUCAGCAAUUGACUGUAGAGAGUGAAAUUCAAGAGCAAGGGCCAGAAUUACCGCCAGAGAACAAAACCAUUCAGAGUUCACAAACAUUAGAGCAAUCUGUGUUACAGAGUGUAGAUGAGACACCUGAAGAAGAUAAAGCAAGUGAAGAACAGGGAGACGACGCAGAUGCAAGAGGAACAAAGAGGAAAAUGGAGGAUCGGGAGGAAGGAGAGUGUACUGAACAAGGCACCGAAAAGAAAAAGAUAGAUGAUGAGGCUAUGGCCUCCAUGCUGGCUGACUUUGUUGAUUGUCCUCCAGACGAUGACUGUCACGGUGCUUCAAAAUCACAGUCCUAAACUGACCAGACUCCAUUUUCUCAAUUAUCUUAUCUUAUCUUAUCUUAUACAUGCGUUGAAAGUAACCGUCAGAUUCUGAAAGAUCCCUCACAUUGUCAUGUCCAACUAUCAAACUCUGCUUUAGUUAGACUCCAAUAGCUCCAAUUUGGGUUCUUUGAAAGAGCUGGUUUGAAUUUCAGGUACAGUAUCUUAAUACCCACUGUAAAGACUGUUAGUCAGUUGAGAAUGAGAACUCAUGGUCCAUAUGUCAUUAGUUUUUCUUUUGGUGGAUUUGCAGAGCAUUGUAAAUUUGGCAGCUUAAUACAAGUUUUGAUUACAGUAUCGUCCUACAAGUAUUUGUAGCCUUUUUUAUUUUUUUAUCAUUUGUGUAUGUAACAUUUGCUUGCCGUUAUUCAGCGAUUGUUUAAAAAAAUCAUGCAAUAAAGUAAAUCUGUUAUAUGUUACUAUGUGCUGUUGGAUUCUGUAGCAAUGAGAAGGUUCCUCUUUUAAAGCAUUUCAGAAAUGGCUCAAUAUAUUUUUAGGUGAAGUAAAUUAUUACAGUUUGCAUGAAAUCAGCAUGUUUUAAUGUGACAUUGAUGUUUGUUGUUCUCAAAAACACUGUAGCAGAAUAGCUGUGAUAUCUUCUAAAACGUUUGUAUGGGGGUGAGAAACCCAGUAAAAACUCUAAACGCUGGCAUGCAACUAGACGGCAGAAAUGCAUGCAUAAUUUUUAUUUAUUUAUUUUUUUUGCUCCAGAACAAUUAUUUUCCAUUCAUCUCUAAUGUAUUUUCUGACCUUCUGAAAUGUAUUAAUAUUUAUUUAUUUAUUUUUUGUAUUUGAAUAUAGUAGUUUGUUCCACAGGUGCUACCUAAUCAGUGGUUAAUAUGAUCGUUAUAAAAGACAAUCUGCAAAACUGCCAGUAUAUUUUGUUAACAGGAAAGAAAAUAAAAAAUUUUUCCUGAUGUGA